ACCCAUGUGUAUCGCGGUUUUAUUAUAUAUCGCAAUGAAACAAUCAUUAUAUGCACAUGAAAUUCUUUCACUCUAAACUGAUCGGUCGAAUGUGCAAGAGGUUUAUUUUUGAGUAGAAAAAAACAAAAUUAUUUGCCUUAAAUAUUGACUGGAUUAAUUGAGUCGUUGGUGUUUUUUACGACGCUUUUUUUGGAAAUAUAAAAACAAACUCACGUCUAUUUGCACCGUUUGUAAAAAUUUUGGAAUUAUUUUUUUUUUGAUGGUGGGGUCGUUUAUAAGUUUACUUGAUCUUAAACGCAGCUCCAGAUCGGUUUUACGCUCGUUAUGGUUAAGAUGAAAGGAAGGGAAAGUACUUAACGCAGAAUGUAUGCAGCAAAUUAUCGACUGGAUUACCAAAAUUAUGAACAUACAGAUCAGACGGAAGUGUUCGAUCAGUGAUCGGGUGUAAUGAAAAUUUGGGAUAUUUUGUGAGGAAAAUUGAAAUUGAAAAUCUGGAUCAACGGAAGAUGUGUUAACGAAAUGCUAAAAAUGAAAUUUCUUGUUGUUUUGAUGAUUUUGUUUGUGAUUGACGAUACGGAAGAGUUUAUGGGAACUGGAGUGUUCGAUAUAAAUCUAUUCAGAUGUAUGCUUAAAAAAGAAUAUUCGUGUCCGCAUGAGGAUAUUGACUUUGUUAUGUACACACCAAAACAACGACGCGGUAAGCUAAUAAAUCCAUUGGACCCAGACUCGUUACGUCGUGCCAAAUUUAAAUCGUAUGAAGAAACUGCAUUCAUUGUCCACGGUUUCAAUGGCAGCCAUGUGGAUAGGCAUAUGAGAUAUUUACGAGACGCCUAUUUGUCUAGGAAAUUUAAUGUUAUUAUGGUCAGUUGGACGCGGCUAACAUACUAUCCAUGCUACCUGUCCGCACUAUCAAAUACGAAAUUAGUUGGUCAAUGUGCAGCUCAGGUCUAUGCAUUUCUAACGCAUCAUGGUCAAGACAAUCAACAAAUCACCUGCGUAGGUCAUUCACUUGGUGCACACAUCUGUGGCAUGGUGACUACGCAUCUGACUACAAGGCAGCAUAAAAUCAUAGGUCUGGACCCUGCAAAGCCAUUGAUUGAACGUCAGGCACCGCGAUCGUAUCGAUUGACGCGAGACGAUGCAGACGUAGUACAAGUGAUACACACCAAUUCGGGUGGUCUCGGACAGGUGUCGUUCAGCGGUUCAUUGGAUCUGUGUAUCAACGGAGGGAAACAGCAACCAUUUUGCAAAGGACACAUCAUUCGGCGGAGUCGAUGCAGCCAUUUCUUAAGCGUGUGCUAUUUAGCGAAUGCAAUCUUUAAACACAAAAUUUUCCCCGCAGUACCUUGCCCGCGAGGCUGCACAAAAAGCAAUCGACUACCUGUGACGCAGAUAACACCGUACGGUUCGAAAUUAGUUCAAAUGAUGCACAUUGGUCAGGAUGUACCAGAAGAUACGAUUGGAGGAUUUUGCGUGAAAGUUGACUUUGCCAAACAUUGUCCGUUCAAUGAUACGUAACGACAGCUUUUUGAAUUUGCCACACGAUCUACAAAAACGCUUUCGGUGUGAGAAUAAUGAACUUAAAGAGUGUAGGAAAUUAAAUUUUAAUUUUAAGUUUUUUUUAUACAACAAAGACGCACGUUCGUCUUUCAUUGAGGAAAAUCAAAAAAUUAAAUAAAAUUAAUUUUUUGUCGUAAA